AUGGGAAAUUUUUGUUCAUAGUAAGAAAAUGAUGACUUAUGUAUUACAACACAACAAUAGAAGUCUAAAUAAGAUUCAUUCCAUUAUAGUUAAAAGCCAUUGAAAAGACUUGAAAAAAGCGAAUCUGUUUAUUCUGAUUUGCAAGUAAGUAUGUCACCAUACAGUUAAUUAGUGAUUCAAAACAUCGAAUUGAACGAUGCUUCAGAUAUGAUAAAUAUGUGGUCAUUAAGAACAUUAAUAAGAGUAUCUUCUUUUCUUAAGAAAUGUUGGAAAUGCAGAAAUAAAUUUUACUUAAUGUUCGUUUCCCUUUUAUUUGUAAAUUGAUAUAAUAUAAGAACACUCCAUAAAUGUGUACAUUUGAAUUGGAGAAUUGUUUAUAUGAUCUUGAAUAAUACAUCAAUUAAAAAUAAUUAAGUGACAUUUAGCUAUAAUUUAUCAUUGCACAAAUCAUAUUAGCAAUUAAUGAAAUCCAUAAAUCUGGUUAUAUUUAUAGAGCUUUGAAUCUAUCACAUAUUUUAAUUGCAGAAGAUGGAUAUAUCAGAUUAAUAGGUUUUGGAUUCUCCAGUAAUAAGACAGUAUUCAUUAAAAUCAAUACAUAUGAAGAAAUACGUAUCUUUCCUCCAGAAGCUAUGGAAAUGGUAUUUGAUUAAAGUGGUGAUUGGUGGCUACUAGGAUCCUUGAUAUAUAAAUUGUUAUUUGAUAGUUAUCCAUUUGAAAAUGAUCAAAGAGAUGUAGAAAAAUUAAUAAAAGAUAAGAAACAAAAUGUAUCUAAAUUUCCAAGAGAAAUAGAUCCUAAUUUAUAGAAUCUAAUUGAAAACCUUUUGAAAUUUGAUCCUCUAUAGAGAUUAACUAAAAUCGAAUUAAUUAUGUAACAUUAAUACUUUUAUUAAUUUGAUUGGAAAUUAUUGAAAGAUAAAUCAAUUUAAUCACCCUUAAAAGAAUGA